AUGUGCGAUAUAUCUAUCUAUCUAUCUAUCUAUCUAUCUAUCUAUCUAAUAAAAUCACGAUUUAUUGAUGUACAGUCUUUCCAUGAAAUAUCUAUCUAUCGAUCUCAAUCUGUUCGUAUGUAUGUAUCUAUCUAUCUAUCUAUCUAUCUAUCUAUCUAUCUAUCUAUCUAUCUAUCUAUCUAUCUAUCUAUCAUUCUUUCUUCAUAUCUAUCUACAUUUUUUGAUAUGCAUCUAUCUAUCUCAUCCCUCUAUCGUCAUAUCUAUCUAUAUUUAUUUACAUUUAUUUAUCUAUCUAUCUAUGCUAAAAUUAAUUCCAUGAAUUCCUUCGAUAGCUUGAAGAUUUCCUUUUCUUGCAUCGGAUUCGACGUAUUGCCAAGUAGUGUUACAUCGAGUCGACAAAAUGUUCGUCUGAAAAUGACAGUCAAGGUUCUAUCUAUCUAUCUAUCUAUCUAUCUAUCUAUCUAUCUCUGUUCAUAUCUAAUUAUCUAUCUAUCUAUGUCUGUUCAUAUCUAUCUAUCUAUCUAUCUAUCUAUCUAUCUAUCUAUCUAUCUAUCUAUCUAUCUAUCUAUCUCAUUCUGUAAUCUAUCUAUCUAUCUAUCUAUCUAUCUAUCUAUCUAUCUAUCUAUCUAUGUCUGUUCAUUUCUAUUUAUCUAUCUAUGUCUGUUCAUAUCUAUCUAUCUAUCUAUCUAUCUAUCUAUCUAUCUAUCUAUCUAUCUAUCUAUCUAUCUAUGUCUAUAUGUGCUUUCUGGUGCGCAGAUACGAUUUAAUGUACAUUUGUGUAAUAGUGUAAAUUGUCCGUGCCAAAAUAUAUCUAUCUAUCUAUCUAUCUAUCUAUCUAUCUAUCUAUCUAUUUACAUACAUAUCUAUCUAUCUAUCUAUCUAUCUAUCUAUCUAUCUAUCUAUCUAUCUAUCUAUCUAUGUGAAAGACAUUAG